GGGGAUGCUGCGGAGGCGGGGCACACGAGCAAGGGGCCAUCCGAGCCCGAAGCACUUGGAGCAGGAGGAGAAGCAGGAGGAGAAGCAGAAGGAGAAGCAGGAGGAGAAGCAGAAGGAGAAGCAGGAGGAGAAGCAGGAGGAGCAGCAGGAGAAGCAGAGGGAUCAGCAGAAGGGACAGCAGGAGAAGCAGACGGAUCAGCAGAAGGGACAGCAGGAGAAGCAGACGGAUCAGUAGAAGGGGCAGCAGAAGGAGAAUCGACUUGUCGGACCUUCAUCGCCGGGGAGGGCGCUGGAGCUGGAAC